GCCCCGCGACGUAAACAAGCGCCCUAUAAAGAUCGGCGCCGCGCUGCGGCCGCGUCUUUCUGGCAACGGAGAGGGGGGAGCUGAGCGGCCCGGCCCGGGCGCUGCGGGAUAAGUCCAGCCAUGUGGGCAGGACUGGGUCUGGCUCUGGUUCUCUGCCUCCUCCCAGGAGGGUGGGCAGAGAGCCAGCGGUGCCAGGAGCCCCCAGAAUGGCACAUUGGGGAGGAGAGCCCAAUGCUGAACUCCAGGGGGUCAGUGGCAGUGGUGGCUCUCCUCCAAGCUAGCUGAUACUUGUGCCUGCUGCAGGCUUCCAGAUUGGAGGACCUGCGAGUGAAGUUAGAGAAUGAAGGACUGGUCAAUAUCUCAUACGUGGUUGUCAACCAUCAAAGUCCUCAUUCCCAAAAGAAAUUUCACCUACUACAGGAAAGUGUUUCAGACCACAUUGCUGUCUACCAACAAGAUGAUCACCAAGCUGAUGUCUGGACUACUUUGAAUGGAAACAAAGAUGAUUUUCUCAUCUAUGACAGAUGUGGUCGUCUGGUAUAUCACCUGGGUCUUCCUUAUUCCUUCCUGUCUUUCCAAUAUGUAGAAGAAGCCAUUAAGAUUGCAUACUGUGAGAACAAGUGUGGAAAUUGCUCUUACACGGAACCUGAUGUUGAUUAUAUAUGUGAGAACAUCACCAAAAAAGAAGAUGAGACUCUAGCAGGCAUAGAACCUGAGCCUGAACCAAGUGGUCAGCAUUCACAUCAUCGCCACCAAGUGCACAAGCACAGACACCACCACCACCACCACCAUCGUGAGGGUGGUCGUCAUUCAAAAAAUCAGAACCAUCAGGCUCCUUCUGAAUCUCAGAGACAUCACCCUCACAGUGGUGGGCGUCACAGAAUUUUUAACCACAAAAGAAAUGAUCAAAUAGGUAGCCAUGAUCAGGUAGAAACUCUUCCUCCAGGAGAAGGUGUGGAAGUUCUUCCACGUGUUACAAAACUAUGAAAAAAGGGGAAAACCAUCUGUAAAAACCAGUUAACUUGAAACUGGCAGACAGCAUCAGACUCAACAACCAAUAGCUGAUGCUGCCAUUGUCGACACCUUUUGUUUGAAGAGCUGGGAAAUUCUGUCACUUGACAGUGUCGCGGAGCACUUCCAAAUUCGUGCAGGUGACACGGCCAGCUGUUAGCAGAGGACAUCACUGAAUCCUGACAGUGACGUCUGCUCACUGCUGCCUGAGAGUCAGCAGCAGCAGGAGGAAGUGAAACUAGUGACACCUGACAGUGACAGGAGGAGGCGGGCAAUUGAGCAUGAAAAACAAACUAAACACUUAAAAAAGGCAGGGGAGUCAUUUACUUAAUUGCAAGACUGGAAAAGCUAUCAGAUUAGGUAUUUCUAUUGCUCCCAAAUAAAAAUUAGACUAAGAUGAAAGGAGUGUAGAGCUAAAAUUUUGCAAAGAGCAGUGCUCUUGGAAUUCGGCAAGACCGGUCAAACUCCAUCAAUGAAAAUUUCUUGCUGUAAAGGAAUUGAAUUAACCCAUAGUUUGUUUUUCAAUUGCAUUGGAAAGGUGUCUGCUUGGUUGAUUAAUCUGUCUUUCUUGUUUUUCUUCUAACAUUCUGCUUGCAUUUGUGAGGACAGGAGCAUAAACUAUGACCUAGGGGCUCCUGUUUGAUAUUUUGCAAUCAAGAACAGGAGAUAAGCAGAAGAGACAUUUUAAUUUUUUUUUUUUUUUUUUUUUUUUUUAAGAGGGGAUAUAUUCAAAAGUUUUUUUUUUUCUAAAUUACGUAUACAAAUUAUGUACAAGCACAGCUCAUUGCUAAACAGUGGACCAAAAUAACUUUUUAUCUCAAGUGUAAGAUACAACAGUAACUGCAUUGUUUUUAAGUAACAGAUCAUAUGCUUAACUUUUGAGGGUUAAAUAUAGUACAGGUUUCACUGAUGCACACUACUACAGUUUGUCAAAUCCCACUGAAUCAAUAGGUUCAUGCCUGAAGUGAGAAGCAAUAUUAACAACUCUUUGUGCAGAUUCAAUGCCUCUAUCAAGAAAGAGACAGGACAAACUCAGUCUUGGUUUAAUACUUUUCUUUGCUUAUGAGAGUAUGGAAUUUGUUAUCUGUGUUGAUUAGUAAGGUGAUAUACCACUGACAUUUUUAUAAUUUCUUUGUAUGUAGCUUAACGUUUUCUAAUUCUGAUUAACCAUGCUGAAGUAAAAAUGCUUUUGUUCAAAGGAUUCCUGGAUGAGCAGAGUAUUCAAGAAAGGAAAGCAGCUUUGAAAGCAUACACCAUAAUUAAUGAUGAUUGAAUAGGAAAAUUAUUACUCCUAUGAAAACGGAAUCUUUUUGUGGUGAAUGCCGAUUAGCAAGAAAAUAGUACUGAAUAUAAACAAAAUGCAUGCCUUUGGGAUAUUUGACGAGACAUUUCAAUAAAAGUAUUCAGCAUUU